AUGGAUGGAAUAUCCAGCUAUAAUGCAUUUAUAGCACUUCAUAAACCCCAACUAGUUUUAUCGGGUGUCCCAGAACAUUUUUGGCAGAUUCUAAGCAAGAAAUUACGGGAUCAAAUUUUUGACUCCGGUCUGGCUUUUCAGUUGGUACAAAUUGAUUAUGAAGAUGAAAAUAAAAUGCCCUAUGAUCCUAUUUGGAGUGUAAUGGCUAUCCGCGAUAUAGACAAAUCGGAUUCAGAUCACAUUUAUCUCAUAGAUCACGCGUGGACUUUUAAAGCAAAUAGCGUAAAAAGUAAUCUCAGAAAUGUACCAGGUCUUUUAGAAAGAAUGUGUAAACUUAUGCAAAUAGCUGGUGAAAGUACGGAGGAAAAAAUAGACAAAGUUUCUAAAAGUAUAUGGCUAUAUGCCCACACCUAUGCUGUUGCUGGUAGUGAAUUUUCUGUAGAAGACAGGGUGCCUGUGUGGUAUGUUUUAGAUGAGUUAGGUUCUGGUAUAAUACACUCUGAUAAUCCAAACUUUCGUGCAGUUCCAUUCAUUCAUGUGCCUGAUCAGCUAACUUAUACUUUACUUUUUCCAAUUAAAAAUGUGGAAGAAGGUGACACAAUUACCAGGAAUUUUGUAGAGGGACACUAUCCUGAUCCGCUUCAGAGAGAAGCUAUGCUGAUACCUUGGAAACAUUAUGAUCACUUUAAUGAAGAUCUUAGCCAAGAGGAACCAGAUAAGAAUUAUUUCUUGGAAGGCCAUAUUGUAGAAACGCUUCCUAAUUUAGAUAUGUUACAAUUAAGGCAAAUUUCAUCUGGUAAAUUGAAAGUGUUCUCAGAAUACAUUCUAAUUAAUGAGUUUUUAACUGCACCUGAAUUUGAAAUAGUUGAAAAUGAAAAUGAAGCAGAUAUUUUGUGGUUUAUAAACCAUUUUAAAAAUUUUGAGGAAUUAAGUAUAAAUUCUCCAUCUAAAUUUGUAAAUCAAUUUCCUUUUGAAUAUGUCAUUACUGUUAAAGAUCUUUUAGCUAUUGUAUCAAGAAGGUGUAGCAAUCUAAAUGGAAACAUUUCUAGAGACACAUUUGAAACAACACCUGCCUGGUUACCUACAACCUUUAAUAUGAAAACAGAGCUACCCAAACUUGUAGCCUGUUAUAUGCAGCGGAAGCAAAAGGGGUUUGAUAACCAUUGGAUCUGUAAGCCAUACAACUUAGCCAGAGGAUUGGAUACUUAUAUUACUGACAAUCUUAAUUUUUUGUGUAGAUUACCCCUAACAGGACCAAAAAUUGCCCAGAAAUAUGUACAUAAUCCUGUUUUAUUUGAAAGACCUGAUGUGGGUUUGGUAAAAUUUGACAUUCGGUAUGUUAUUCUAUUAAAAUCAGUUAAUCCCACAGAAAUCUACGUUUACAACAAUUUCUUUCUUAGAUUUUCUAAUAAAGCAUUUGCACUUAACAACUUUGAAGAUUAUGAACAACAUUUUACAGUUAUGAAUUAUACAGAUGAUGCCCCACUGUUCAGGAUGCUGUGUGCAGAAUUUAAACAGGCUUGGGAACAACAGUAUCCUGAUUAUAUUUGGGAUCAAGUUGAGAAGUCAAUAUUUAAGGUGUUUGCUGAAUUGUUUACAGCAGCAACCUCUAAGGAAGCACCAUGUGGUAUUGCUAAAAGUCCACAAUCCAGAGCAUUAUAUGCGGCUGAUUUAAUGAUUAGCUGGGAUACUAUUAACAACUCUACAAUAAUGCAGCCCAAGCUUUUAGAAAUCAACUGGAUGCCAGAUUGCCGUCGUGCCUGUGAAUACUACCCUGAUUUUUAUAAUGAUAUUUUUUCCGUUUUGUUUUUGGAUAGAGAGGUUGGCUCUUGCACCAAAAUACUCUAA